GGGCGAGUCUCAACAGCAGGCAGACAGGUGAGGCUGACCCAACAGGUUCCAGAGGCCAGGGGCAAUGGGGCGGAGCAUGGCUCUGAUUUAGGGUGGCAACGUGUUGGGGGCCCUGGCACAUACGGGGCAGGCAGGCAGGAGGUGGUUCUAUUGAUAUCUUCUUCCUGCUGCAGCCGGCCCAGGGUGCAGGCCAUGGAGCCUACUGGAGGGUGAGGGCAGCCAGGUGGGCAGGAAUGUUCGGAGGCCUAGGGCCUGGGGACUUGGGGGCCCAGGGCAUGGCGGGACCCCUGCGGGGCCGGGUGGAGGAGCUGAAGCGGCCGUGGUGGCGGGAGGCCUCACCGCUGGUGCUCCAGCACAGUGAGGCUGCCCGGCUGGCGGCCGACGCCCUCCUGGAGCGGGGCGAGGCCGCCUACCUGCGGGUCAUCUCCGAGGAGCGGGAGCUGCCCUUCCUGAGUGCUCUGGACGUGGACUACAUGACCAGCCAUGUGCAUGGGGGCCCUGAGCUCAGCGAGGCCCAGGGACUGGAGGCCUCAGGGCCUGACCGCCUCAGCUUGCUCUCUGAAAUCACCUCAGGCACUUACUUCCCCAUGGCCUCUGACAUAGACCCCCCGGACCUGGAUUUGGGCUGGCCUGAGGUUCCGCAGGCCACAGGCUUCAGCCCCACCCAGGCUGUGGUCCACUUCCAGCGGGACAAGGCCAAGAACAUCAAGGACCUUCUGCGUUUUCUCAUCAGCCAGGCCCGCACGGUGGUAGCUGUCGUGAUGGAUAUAUUCACGGACAUGGAGCUUCUGUGUGACCUCAUGGAGGCCUCGAGCCGGCGUGGUGUCCCUGUCUACCUGCUUUUGGCUCAGGAGCACCUAAGGCACUUCCUGGAGAUGUGCUACAAGAUGGACCUCAACGGGGGGCACCUGCUGAACAUGCGUGUGCGGAGCACAUGUGGGGACACAUACUGCAGCAAGGCUGGCCGCCGCUUCACGGGGCAGGCCCUGGAGAAGUUUGUUAUCAUCGACUGUGAGCAGGUGGUGGCAGGCAGCUACAGCUUCACCUGGCUUUGCAGCCAGGCCCACACUAGCAUGGUGCUGCAGCUGAGGGGCCGCAUCGUGGAAGACUUUGACCGGGAGUUCCGCUGUCUGUAUGCCGAGUCUCGGCCUGUGGAGGGCUUUUGCGGUGGUGAGGGUCCCGUAUCUCCCAGGGCACUGUGUCCUCCCACAGUGGCCCUGGGCUUCCGGCCCAGUGUGUUGAGCCCUGCAUCCUCCUCACCCUCCAGCACCAGCCUUAGCAGCAUCAAACGCUCACCUCUAAUGGACCACUCCUCUUACCUCAGUCCACCAGGAGGCGGUGGCUGCAGUGACACGGGUAUGGAGUCCUCAUCCCUGGGCCCUGCCUGCCGCGGGGCCAGUGGCCAGCCCUCUCUGAAGCGCCAGCUGUCUGACCCUAACCAUGGCUCCCUGCCAGGGCCCUACAGGUCCAAUCUAGGCAAGUUGGGGGUGUCCCCAUGGUCCCAGUCCUCCCCUGCCCUCAACCACAAUGGUGCCAGCCCCUUGACCCUGGCAGUGGGGUCGCCUAUGCUUGCCCGCCAACGCCCCCUCCUCCCCUUCCCCCAGGGUGUUUCAGCCCUAUCCCGGCUCCCAGAGAAUGGGCUCCUGAGAAGCCAGGAGUCUAGUCCCCAACGAAGUCGCUGGGUACCUAGCACAGCCCUGGAGACAGUGGAGGAGAAGAAGGUGUCUCUGAAUCAGAGCCAUGGCCAGUUGGAUCUCCUUGUCCCCUUCCCCAGAGCCAGAGAAGCUGGAGGCCCUGAUUCUGGGGUUGACCCCAGCUUGGGCUCCUUCUGGCCUGGAGAGCAGGCUCCAGAGGACAGGCGGUUGUCCCCAAACCAGAGAUAUAACCAGCUGGAUCUCCUGCCCCAGACCCAGGGUGCUGGGGGUACCCCUGAGUCAGGUUCCCCCAGACCUGGCAAUCAAAUUCCAGAGGACAAGAGGCUGUCCUCAAACCAUAGCCACAGCCAAUUGGACCUCCUGGUACAGUACCCCAAGGCUGGGGGCUCCAGAGUGCCCCCUGAAGCCAACUCCUCAGCCAGGGCUGACAAGCAAAGUCUUGAUGAGCGACGACAGACCCUGGGCCACAGCCAGCUGGACCUCAUCACAAAGUUUGGCCCAUUCCGGGGUGAGGGGGCUGGGCCCAGUGGUCUCCCCAGACCAAGCCCUGCUCGAAAGGCUGGAGUGGGCUCUGGGGAUGAGAAUAGGUUGACCCUGGGCCACAGCAAGCUGGACCUCAUUACCAAGUAUCAUCAAUUGCAGGGCACCAGGCAAGGACCUGACCCUGGCCUCCCUGGGGGCCCCACAGGUGGCCAUCACAAUGGCAGUAGCAAUGGCCUGUCAGGGGAUGAGAAGCGGCUGACCUUGGGCCACAGCAAACUGGACCUCAUCACUAAGUACAACAAGUCCAAGUUCAAACUUCUCCGAAGCCGCUUUGAGUCCUAGUUCUGCUCCCAGCAAGGACAUGUCCUUCCUCCAUCUACUUGGAUUCUAGAUUUACUCAGGUUCCAGAUUCUGGGGUUCUCCAGCAGGGCUGCAUGGGGAGCAGAGGGUGUCUAGAAGCUCAAGUCAGAUACUCACUGAGUUCAGAAUUCUUGUUUACACACACACACACACACACACACACACACACACACACACACACACACGAAAAUAGAAACCACAGUACCUGCCAUUUGCCACUGUGGUGGGUGCCCUACACAGGUUAAUUCUUAUCCUUCAUCCUCACAACAUUCUAUAAGAUAGACCUCUAGCAGGUAUACAUUUCUAGGAUCAUAGGUACUAUCUUCCCUAUUUUAUAAAUGUGGAAGCUGAGGCCCAGAGAGUUUGAUGACUUGCUUGGAAUCAGAUCCAAGUGGAACCAGUGGCAGAGCUGGGGCCCAAACCCGUGUCCCUAAUGCUUAAGAAUGUGUUUUUGCACAGACAUGACACACCAUUAUCAACAGUUCACAUGUCCCCAUGCACACAAAACACACACAUCACAGAGAUGCCCCAAAUGCCUGUACAACACACACAACACCCUGACAGGGUUCAUACCCACAAACUGAAUACCCAUUGACACUCAGUAAGUAAACGAAGGUCCAUGUGAUAAACCCAAACACUCAGAAUUCUAGUUACAGGUACUCAAUAAAUGUAAUAUGGCUAAAUGAGUAGCGAAACAAAAUAUAUGCAUUCAGUGCACACUGUAGACCCCCCAGGAUCCACAGACAAUAAAUAUGCACAUAACCACAUACACACACCAUACACACACACAUAGGUAUGCACACAGCAACCAGUAUCUUCUUUGGCCCAAGCUGUGUACCUACCACAGGGCUGACAAGUGAAUCAGACUCAGGCCCUGGGAGAUAAGGAUAAAUACAUAAACCAAUGGCAGGCAAGACAGAGCUGUAUCUAACUCAAGGAAUCAGUGGCAGGGGGUGGUGACAGUGGAGUGGUGAGGAAAGUUUCAAAGGAGGCAGACUUUGAGUCACCCCUUGAAGGAUGGGGAGGAUUGGACAGAUGGAGGAGAAAAGGAAUUCCUGGUAGAGGGAAGCAGGUGAAGAGAGGCCAAGGACAGGACAGGAUGAGUGGGUCUGAGAUGAACUGGGGAGGAUAUAGAGGGUGUGGAUACUCAGACUCUGACACACACACACACACACACACACACACACACACACACACACAGAAGCAUAGGCUCUGAUAGGUUUUUCGUCUUUUCCUGAGCUCACCACCUGCCUGGGACAGUUUACACAAUACAAAUCAAUAAAGGCAGACAUGCUAUGACCCA